CAUAAAAUGGGACGAAUGUUAGGAAGAAGCUUUGGUUGCAUAAGAAAGAAUACAGAACGGUGAUGUCUUUAGCAAAAUAUCAAGCUACUUAUAAAUAAAGAUACUGAAAGAUUUAUCAACAAGUAACGAGAAUGAUCGAAAAGUCGUAUUUCAAAUUAUACUCAUCUCAAAAUUAAAAAUGUUUAACAACAGAACAUUUUUAUAUGUGUUGCUCAUUCUUCCAUUUUUUCUUUCGUAAUAUAGCUUGUAUACGUAAAAUGACAUUUUUUAAACACAUCUGAAAGAUUUAUCGUGUAAUGGUGGCCCGGAUUUUCCAGGUUGUGUCCUAUGAAGACGACAGAGAGGAAGUAUUAUUAUAUUAUUACCCCUCACAUUCGUACUUAUCGUUCUUAUGUACAUAUUUUUUGUAACCACAGCGUGCAAGAGAUCACAGAUUAUAACAGUGACAUAUUUAUAAUUAUGUAAAUAGAGUCACCACAUAUGAUACCGUGACAAACGCGAGUAUCCUUUGGGGAGAAUCAACAUAACAAAAUAUUUAUGAUAGAAUCAUUGAGAGACUUAUCAGCAAGCAAUAGAAGAAAUCAAAGAUUACUAUCAUCUUAAUAUUUUUAAUAAAGAAGAUUUCUAAUAAAGAGGAAAUAGUUUAUUAAAUAUGUUAUAUUAUCCGUACUCAUUAGUUACGUUUUACCUUUCUCUUUCGUAUCAUAAUUUAUUCAUACAAAUAUAAAACAAUAUUUUUACGAUACACUUAAAAUUUCGUCCCGCUAAGUUAUUUACAGAGGCUAAUUAUAGCGCAGAAAACGAGUGAAAUAACUGUACGAUAAUAAUGGUGAGAAAAAUUUCCCGACAAUCCUUUCUGACUAAAAUUUCUCGUAAUUCUGUAGUUACAACGUGCAGUGGUACAGAUAGCAUCUAUUCAAGUACAGAAGAUGAUACUGUUUCUCUUACAAGGAGGCACCAAGCUAUUCAGUUGGACUCGGUUCAGUUGGUCGGUGAUUUGUUCGUAUUUUUGGAAAAUGCUGCUAGCAUAAAAGAAUGUAUUUGCAUUAGAAUAUGAACAGAUCGCGGCUGUUCGUCGUUUAAGAAGGACCGUCGAAGACCCGAAUGAAAGAUGAUAUUUUUCAUUCAUCGGUUGAUCAGCCGUAUCUUACUUCACCGUUCUUUACUUUACGCACCAGUGCCUAAAGAUUGUCAACUGAUAGACUAAUGAAUUAGCAUUAAAAGAAAUCUUAAUUAAAUAUCAACAAGGAUUGAUUAAAUACAAAAAGCAUCUUACCGAUAGAGUCGCAGGAAUGAAAAUAACUGCUGAGAGAAAAAACGUGAGAGUGAAUAUAAGAUUCAGACAUUUUCACUAAGAGAUUUUUAUUUUUUAAUUAGUUUAAUCAAUUCAAUUACUUUAAUCUGGGCGCCUAACCGGCAACGAGUUGGUGGUAUUUCGGUGGUAUGUUGGUUUUCGAAGUUGGCGAACUGAUAUUUCUCCAAAAGCAUCAAACGUGACUUACAAACGCGCACGCGACAGACUGAAGCACGUGGUGUUGCAUUCGAAGAGGAAACGCUCUCGCCUGCGUCGCUCGUGACAGAAUCACCCCUCCAAACAAUGUGUGUAUGUAUUGUAUGGGAAAUAAACAUCUGCCAAACUUCUUUCAGUACUGUAUCGAUCGCUCAAUUACACAACCCUUUCCGUAAAAAGCGUGCUAAGUCUCUAGUAUCAUUUUCUCACGAUGGUAUUUUCUCUCCUAUUUCUUCUCGCGCAACGUUUGCAUCAAAUUGCUUGGUUCAUGUUAGGAUUUCAGUCGGAGGAUGCAGAAAUAAAAUAUUCAAUGAAGCAAUCGUGAGGAGGGGAUAAGCGAAAUUUUGCCGGGCUCUCCGUUUUCAUAAGUGUCUCGAUGAUCGCGGAAAGAUGAUCUGUGUCGAAUUAUUGCACAUCGACCUCAACCGGCUUCUAUUGCUCGCUGUCGGCUUAUGGCCUUACCAGCAAUCCAAGCUGGUCCAGUUACAAUUGAUCUUGCUCUUCAGCAUUUUAACAACCUUUAUUUUAUCUCAGUUAACGUCGAUCGUGACCUCGGAAUAUACGUCGGAACUCCUCAUCAAUGUUUCCUCUACUACGUUAUUUUACAUUACUUUCGUCAUCAAGUACAGCUCAUUCAGAGUUAAUAUAGAAACUAUGAGACAUCUACUGGAAUUACUUCAGCGCAUCUACAACGAGCUACGAGAUGAGAAUGAGAUUAAUAUCAUGAGGAAAUAUGGGCAGCUCUCGAAGCGGUACACGGCUGCAAUUAUGAUAAUUGCUACGUGUACCACUACGUCUAUAAUCGCGUACUUAUUUUGUCCGCUUAUUCUCGAUAUCAUGCGACCCUUAAAUGAGACUCGACCGCAACCCUCGUUGGAAUUCGAAUACUUCGUCAAUCAAAAGAAAUAUUUUUAUCUGAUCUUGCUGCAUGCAAUCACAGCUUUUAUAGUGGGUGGACUCGCGAUGAUAUCAACGGGUGCGAUACUCAUAGCAUUUCUGCAGCAUGCCUGCGGAAUGUUUCGAAUCUCCAGCUACCGUAUCGAGCACGCGAUGGCAAUCGGGACCGUACAAAGCGGCAACGUGGGAAAUAACAAUAGGAUGUACAAAGGUCUCAUUUACGCCAUAGACAUCCACCGCAAAGCCAUGCAGUUCUCCGAUAUGUCAAUAUCCAAAUUCAAGGUAUCGUUUUUCCUCUUAAUAAUCGCCGGUGUGAUCUGCGGAAGUCUUAAUUUAUUCCGAAUUUUUCAGACGAUGACAGCAGUGCACAGUAACGUCGGGAUGUUAUUAAUACCUCUGGCGUUCAUCGUUAUCCACUUAAUGUACAUGAUCAUAGGCAAUUAUGUCGCGCAGGAGAUCAUGGAUCACAAUAACCACGUAUUCGCCACUAUAUAUGACGUUCGGUGGUACGUGGCGCCUUUGAACAUACAGAAAAUGAUAUUAUUCUUAUUGCAAAGAAGUACCAAAGUCUUUACUCUGAAUAUCGGUGGGGUGAUCGUGGGAUCGUUAGAAAACGCCGCCACGGUAAGAAAAAUUGUACUAAAAAUAUUUUCAGCUUCUUCGGAUGGACUAAUUGAAACAAGAAACGCAUGUCGUCGCAGAUGGUCAGCACCUCGGUAUCUUACUUCACCUUUCUUUACUCUACGUGGGACAAACGCAAGAUCUAGCACAAAAUGGGAUGAACGUUAGCGAAAGAAGCUUAGGUAAGCACAAAUAAUAUUUUCCAUGUAUAUAAUCUGUAUGUAAUCUGACAUCUGAAAAUAGACCUCACGCGCGUGACCUGGACGCAUUUGCCAAGAAAAUACGAGGGCAUGUAGAAAACAGAUAUACAUGCACACAUGUAUCACAUGGCAAUUGUCUUAUAUGUGAAAUUAUAGUAGUUGAAUUUGUGAGUUGUACCGUUGGAAAGUUUAUAGGUAAGACGUUAAUGCGUUAGGCUGAAGGACCAUCCUCGAUUGAGACGAGUAACAGCAACGGUUACUUACGGCAGGACGAAAUCGGAAACUUUACUCACGUUUCGUUAUUUUGCGUAAUCCAGGUCGCAAGUAGAAUUACAGGGAGGCAGACGUCGUAGAAACGUAAGGAAGAAUACAAAACCACGAUGUCUUCAGCAAGGUAUGUAAAGACUUCACCGAGAAGCAACAACUAGUGGGUCGGAUUCUAAAGCAGAAGAACUAACCUAGCCAAAGGUUUCGACGUGACUGACAGGAACAUGUACCGAGGUAAGGGAUAUGGGAGGCGCUUCGCUGCGUGAUGGCAACUGCACCUGCGCGGCCCUUCGAUCAACAAGUAGUCUUGCUGGUAUCUUUUUAAUGAGAAAUAAACGUUCGUUGAAAUUA